UGUAGAUCUACAAAGUACUCUUGAUCCUACUGUCGUACUGAGUAGUGAGUGCAGUGGUGAGUGGAAUGCUGUGGAUAAAGCGUUGAAGAGUUUGUUGCAAUUAUUUUCCGGCUAGUACCGGUAGUACAUCUUCCCGAACUAGUCUCCUCCACCCAAUUGGCGCAGCCGUCACUAGUUUAGUGUUUGAUUGAUCGUGUUUCGUCUUCUCUGAGUGCUCUGUGAAGAUCAAGCAUUCCAUUCGAAAAUGGCACUCACAAAUCUUGUAGAUUUCAGCAUUACGAGAGUUUUGAAUGAAAGUGCUGAUAGCAAGACCAUCUUCUUGCUUGGUCGGUUUGAAGGCCGCUCUGGAGAGGCCAUUGUUCUGCUGGAGAAACUGGCGAUAACAGAAGCUGUUUGCCAGCAGUUUAUUGUCGACAAAUCUGUAAAACUGGAGUUCACCAUGCAGAAUGAUAUUUACAGCUUGUAUAACGGCCACGGUGACGUCACUAGAAUGAAUGAAAUUAAGGUGACCAUUAUAGAGCCUGUGACAAGUCGUCUGAUAGAGAAGUUCUCUGCGCAGCAAAUACAUAUGAUCCGGGAAACAGCGGAGGACUACCGACUCGUCACACAACAUUAUCUCAAAGAAACGGCUAAAGACCUUCAGUGGGUGGAGAACAUCCUGGAGAAGAAAGCGGAGAGAGACCGUGUACUGUGUGAAGAUGAUGAUGCAGACAUUGGCUUCACUCUUGCAGCGGACAUGAAGUGGGAUCAGAAGCAGGCUGAAGAGCUGUAUGUAUUAGCAAUUUGUAGAAAGCGUGGUUUGGCGUCACUUCGAGAUCUGGAUGGGCGACAUGUUGCUAUGCUGUGCAACAUUCGUGAUAAAUCCCUGGCAUGUCUAAAGGAGCGCUAUGGUUUACAAGCGUCACAAGUGCGUGCAUUCCUCCACUACCAGCCAUCUUGCUAUCACCUACAUGUGCACUUUACACACGUGCGUCUACAGCAACCCGGUACAGUGGUCGGCAAAGCUCACCUUCUCGAUGAUGUCAUAGAUAACAUUACACUGAUAGAUGAGCAUUACUAUCAGAAGUGUGCAGUGACGUAUCAGCUGCAGGCUACGCACCCUUUGCUGGCGCUGUUACGUAAGAGGCAUGGGGAGUGCCUUGACGACACAGUCACCUCCUGAACGACUGAUGCUGCUGUUGAUCUGCACAUGACUGUGAUCAUCGAUAGUGCUACUACGAUGACUACCCCAGGACUGAGCUGUGCGAACAAUGGGUGAGGACCGAGUGCGGUGGUUAGGUGCUGGUGACUGGCAGCUGUGCCAGAACUUGUGUACUGUGUUCGUCAUCUCAGAGCAGGGCUUGAGCGGCUCAGAGCAGGGCUAUAGAGCGUCUGAGCACGGCUAGGGCCCCACGAAUAGCAGCAACGGCUUGAAACAUUCACCCAUCUACUGGACUCUACACAGUCUGUACAGGCAUACACUGUAUCCAGACUAUGCCUGAGCCGACUGUAUGCACUGGCUACUAUGGGACUCUGCCAACCGGUUUUGGUUGGGUUGCCGUCAGGAACCCUGUUCUCAGCACUGUGUGCCCCUUGCCUUGUGACAUGCUGUCAUCGCCAUGCAUGUUAGACGAUGCCCGUAUAUUGCAUGCAGUACAUGUACUGGUGCGAUUAUCGGUGACACAUUACACAGUCACACUUCGUUUCUGUGUGAUCACUCCAAGCAGCACCGUGACAGUAGUGUCAACUCACCAGUACCUUCCCAGACACUGCCAUUUAGGCCUGUCCGGAUUAUGUUUUGCAUAUUUUUCGCAUUUUGGGGUUUUUCCGCUUUUUUCGCGGGAAGAUGCAUUGAACUCCCGACACAACAAGAGCACAGUAAUUUUAGUUAUAAUUCAUACAUUACAAUAUUAUUGAUACCUGACCGGUUUCUGCACUUAGAAUGCUUCAUUUUGGGGGGUUUUCAGCAUUUUUCAACAUUUUGAGCUGAUUUUCUCAUGCAUGCAGCUGAUCAGCACUAGCACGUUUCAAACUGCUAUCAGGCUGGCCUUGUCACUUAUCACCCCAGUGCACAAUUCGCCAAGGGACACAUCCUUUGCACGCGCUUCCUCCACGUGCACUUGGAACGACAAGGGAUUCAAGUUUUAUGUCAUUUUGGUUGCCAUGGUAACGGCAGCAUAUUUUUCGCAUUUUGGGUGAAAUUUUAAAUUUUUAAAAGAUUUUUUUAGCAUUUUGGGUAAAUUUCCAAAAUAACCAUUUCCAUUUUGACCCUUCAAAAACGCAUAAUUCGGACAGGGUUGCUGCCAGUGUCGUAGUGCUGUUAAUAAUUGAUACGUGCCUUCAAUCAGUGCCA